AUGCUACGCGGAGUCAACAGGCUAGCGACCAGGCCGAAUCGCCUUUCACACACCAACCUACCGGCUUUGCGACGAAGUUAUGCUUCCGUAACCGACUUGUCAAACUAUCCCAAGCCUGGAGAUCAAUUACAUGGAUUUACCUUGAAGCGUGCCAAACACGUUCCGGAACUCGAGCUCACUGCCCUCCAAUUCACACAUGAGCGUACUGGUGCCGACUAUCUCCACAUCGCACGAGAUGACCAGAACAAUGUCUUCUCCAUUGGCUUCAAGACAAAUCCUCCGGAUGCGACUGGAGUACCGCAUAUCCUCGAACACACCACUCUUUGUGGAAGUCAAAAGUUCCCAGUCCGCGAUCCGUUCUUCAAGAUGCUGCCGAGAUCGCUCUCCAACUUCAUGAACGCCUUUACCUCUUCCGAUCACACCACAUACCCAUUCGCUACAACCAACGCUCAGGACUUCAAGAACCUCAUGGGCGUCUACCUCGAUGCUACCCUACACCCUCUUCUUCAAGAGCACGACUUCACCCAGGAGGGAUGGCGUCUAGGACCUGAGAACCCUCAAGCCGAGAACCCCUCUUCAGACGACAUUAUCUUCAAAGGUGUUGUGUACAAUGAGAUGAAGGGUCAGAUGUCUGACUCGCAAUACCUCUACUACAUUCGCUUCCAUGAGAACUUGUUCCCUGCAAUCAACAACUCUGGUGGUGACCCUCAAAAGAUGACUGAUCUGACUUAUGAACAACUCAAGAAAUUCCAUGCCGACCACUACCAUCCUAGCAACGCAAAGGUUCUGACAUACGGAAACUUGCCUCUUACCGAGCAUCUCCAGUCUAUUGGAAAGGAGCUGGACAGCUUUUCACGCAUCUCCGUGGACUCGGAUAUCAAGGUUCCUGAGAGUCUCGACAACGGCCCUCGCUCUGUCACCGUCAAGGGCCCUCUGGAUCCUCUGAGUCCUGCUGACUCUCAAUACAAGACUUCUGUUACCUGGCUUAUGGGCGACACAUCUAAUGUUCUCGAAAACUUCUCACUCUCUAUCAUCUCGUCGCUGCUCAUGGACGGCUACGGCUCACCUCUCUAUCGCAACCUUAUCGAGGCCGGUCUUGGUCCUGACUUCUCACCAAACACUGGAUUCGAUGGUUCCGGUAAGCGUGGUGUUUUCUCCGUCGGCCUCAAUGGCGUCAAGCAGGAAAAUGUACCCAAGGUCAAGGAAGCUGUCUCGGAGACUCUGCGCCAAGUCAGAGAAAAGGGCUUCGAUCAGUCUAAGAUUGAUGGCAUUUUGCACCAGCUUGAACUCAGCCUUAAGCACAAGACUGCAAACUUUGGCAUGUCCAUCAUCCAGCGUCUGAAGCCUGGUUGGUUCAACGGUGUCGAUGUCUUCGACGCUUUGGCAUGGCAACAGACUGUAGACACCUUCAAGGCAGAGUGUGCCAAGGGCGGCUACCUCGAAGGUCUCUUGGAGAAGUACUUGUUGAAUGACAACACCUUGACAUUCACUAUGGAACCUUCCGCAACCUACGGUGAGGAUCUUCUUGCAGAGGAAGCACAAAGACUUGCAUCGAAGAAGGCCGAGGCUGAGCAACUUUUUGGUUCCAAGCAAGAGGCCUAUGAUCAGUUGAAGAAGAGAGAGCUGGAACUUGUUGAGCAGCAAAUGCAGGAACAAGACCUGAGCUGCCUGCCAUCUGUGCAUGUCAAGGAUAUUCCGCGCAGCAAGCCAAUCACCGAGACCCGCCAAGAUUCUCUCGACAAUGUCAAAGUGCAAUGGAGAGAAGCACCGACGAAUGGACUGACUUACUUCAGAGCUCUCAGUAUCUUCAAGAACCUGCCUACCGAGCUGCGCACUUUCGUCCCUCUGUUCUGCGACGCACUCAUGCGCAUUGGAACCAAGACUAAGUCGAUGGAAGAGAUCGAAGACCUUAUCAAGCUCAAGACUGGUGGUGUUUCUUUCGGUUAUCACGCAUGUACCUCCCCUACCAACACUAGUGCUUGCGAAGAGGGUUUGAGUCUGUCUGGUUUCGCGCUCGAUCAAAACGUUCCUGCCUUGUACGACCUGAUCCGAACGAUCAUCCUAGAGACCGAUUUCGACGGACCAAAGGCCAAAGCUUCUCUUCGCGAGCUGAUCCAGAGCGCUGCUAGUGGUGGUGCCGACACUAUUGCCGAGUCGGGUCACGCCUACGCCAGACGUGUUGCUGAGGCUGGCAUCAGUCCCCACGGUAACUUGCUCGAGCAGACCGGUGGUAUCAGCCAGAUCAAGCACAUGGUCAAUUUGGCAUCACUCUCCGAGAUCGGUGACGACAUCAUCCAACCAUUGAAGACGAUCCAGCAGCUUGUCGCAGCCAAUGUCUCGAACAUGAGAGUCGCCAUCACUUGUGGUGCCGAGUCUACCAGCAUCAACGAGGCAGCUCUGCAAGGCUUCCUUAGCGGCACUUUCUCGUCGUCCGAGUCGUCGUCUCAAACUCAGUCGAGCCAGGCAUUGACUCGCAACGCCAAGUCAUUCUUCCCUCUUCCUUACCAGGUCUACUACUCCGGUCUUGCCCUCCCGACCGUUCCCUACACAGAUGCCGCUGGUGCACCGUUGGCUGUUCUCGCACAACUGCUUACACACAAGCAUCUGCAUCGUGAGAUUCGUGAGCGUGGUGGCGCAUAUGGAGGUGGUGCCUACUCCCGGGCUCUCGAUGGUGUCUUCGGAUUCUACUCCUACCGCGACCCCAACCCUGAGAACACAAUCAAGGUUUUGGACAAGGUCGGCAAGUGGGCUGUAGACAGAAAGUGGACGGACCGCGACCUUGAAGACGCUAAGCUAUCCGUCUUCCAAGCACUUGAUGCUCCCAGAAGCGUGAGCGAAGAGGGCAUGACCAGAUUUGUGAGUGGAGUGACUCCUGACAUGGAGCAAACACGCCGGCAGCAGCUUCUGGAUGUCAGCAAGGAGCAGGUCCGUGACGCUGCAGAACGCUUCCUCGUGAACGGCAUGUCUAGCAGCAGUAUGGCUGUGCUUGGUGCACGCAAGAGCUUUGUCGACGAAGCACAAGGCUGGAAGGUUCAGGAGAUUGGUCUGGGUGGUGCUGCUGAGGCAGAGGCCGAGGCUGAAAUUUCUCCUCUCUGUAUUAUAUGUAUGAUCAUGAUGACCACCAAACAUUCAAGGCGCUGCAUGGAUGAAGAUGAUCCAAAUGGGGAAAUGAAAUUGAGUCGCGUCAGAAGUGGAAGCUGCGACGCGUCUCCUUCUGACGCGGGCAGCCAGCCCUCACACAAUCUUCUGGAGUACCAGACGCUCCAGCGUACACCAUCAUCAUACAAGCCUCUUCGAUCAUUCCAUCUUGCAAAGGGCGAACAAAAACACUACCAACAACAAUAUGCCGACAUGUACUUUGCCCGACUGGCCGUGCUCAAGCCUGCCGUAGAGCGUGUUGCUAGUGAAGCAUGGGAUGGCUUCGAGAUUGGUGGAGACGAAGUACACAAAGUCGAUCGCGUGCUCGAUGUCCGACAAGGCGAGUUGGUCUGGGUCGCCGGCACCGUCUACAUGGAAAUGCCGCUUAAGCCAAACAUUCUUGACGACAUCUCCAAACAUCACUGGAUUGCCGCACCGCCGCCCCGACUGAAAUUCACAUCUGGAGAAAGCGAUCAAAUCAUGCUCGAAGACGAAUCUGGUCGAUUACGCUUGACAGGUAGCUUCCUGAGCUCAUGCCUACUUGUGACAGGAUGUAUCGUGGCAGUCAUGGGAACCGAAAACGCCAACGGCGAUUUCGAAGUCAUCGAUCUGAAGAUACCCGAGCUUGCACCACAACCCGAACGCUGGUCGCAAGGCCAAAGUGAUGGCGCCACCAAGAAGAAAGACACAAAGAAAGAGAAGGCCGGCAAGAUUGCCAUUGUCUCGACUUUGGGAGUCAGUGGUGACUCCGGCGAUACUAUGGCUCUGGACUUACUUGUGGAAUACCUCCUCGGCGAGUCGACGUCACCAGACGAACAAGAAAAAAUAUCGAGCAUAUCGCGACUUCUGAUUGCUGGCAACUCGCUCUCGUCGGCGAAUCCGAUCCCCAGUGCAGAAGACUUGCCAGCAAAGAAGCCAUCCGCUGUUAAAAAGUAUGGUUACGAUGCUUCCGCAUACAAUCCUGCUCCGACAGACCGCCUAGAUUCACUGCUUGAGUCACUGUUACCUUCAAUACCCAUCACCUUGAUUCCUGGUGAACAGGAUCCUACGCAUACCUCUCUACCUCAACAACCCAUGCAUUCAGCUCUUUUCCCAAGAAGCAGAGCUUACAUGGCUGCUCCUAACUCGGAAGACACGGCUUGGUUCGAUACUGUCACAAAUCCCUGGGAGGGAGAUGUAGAUGGUUGGAGAAUUUUGGCUACCGGCGGUCAGCCCAUCGACGACGUAUUCAAGUACGUUGAAGGUGACGACCGCUUGGAGAUGAUGGAAGCUACCCUGCGCUGGAGAUUGUGUGCUCCUACUGCUCCAGACACAUUAUGGUGUUAUCCGUUCCAAGACAAAGACCGCUUCGUCAUCGAGGCAACGCCGCAUGUCUAUAUUGUGGGCAAUCAACCUCGUUUCGAAUCAACCAUUGUCGAAGGACCCGACGGUCAGAGCUGUCGCAUCAUUUCAGUACCACGCUUCAAGGACACCGGCGAGCUUCUUCUGCUCGAUGCCGAGACUCUCGAAGUAGAGGUCGUCAAGUUUGGCGUUUACCAAGAGGCAUGA